AUGUUAAAGUACAUUGCCCUCUAUUGUUUUAUAAUAACACUACUAAAUCAAAUCAAAACAAAUUAUGCUUUACCAACUGAAUUACAAGAAGAAACCUAUCGAGUUCAAAAUAAUAGUCAUAUUUCAAAACAACUUCGAACUACGAAACUAUGUACGACGAAUAAUGAUUUACGUUUGUAUAUUCCAUAUAGUGCAGUUAAAUUUUUUUGGUCAGGAUUUGGUGUAGCAGAUAGCGAUAAAGUAGCAGCCGAAAUUGCCCGUUCUGUUGCGGAAAAAGAUGGAAAGAAAGGUGUUACACUUGAAAUGCUUCUUGACUUCAGAGAAAAUACGCAUAUUCAAGGAUGUAAAUCGAAUAUAUCGAUGACACCUCAAUGUCAACAAUUUUGGGAGAAUUUAUCUUGUGAAUAUGCAACAAGAGUUACAGGAGAAAUAAGAAUUAUUCUAGGAUCAAAGUUAAAUCCUGAAGAUCGAUGGUUUAAAAUAGAAAAACCUACAUUAGAUUCUCGUCGUAGUAAUGGACAAGAUUUAUGGGGUUUUAAACAAUAUGAAUUAGAACCAGUUUAUUGCAAAGAUAUGGCAACACACGACACUUCGAUUCCUCAAAUAAAAAAUGAAAUUUGUCAAAAAAAUUCUUAA